CUAACAGGGGGUGUGUCUUAGUAAUACGGGAAUAUUUUCUUUUCUUCAAGGAAAUUACACCAUAUCUGUUGAGAAUGAAGAGCUGACAACGUAGCCAACGCCAUUAACCAACUCUGUUUUUCUCAACCUUCUCACUACAUUGUAGCUGUUAUUAACAAACGCAGAAAAUCCCCUAAAACCUCUCUCAAUCUUCCAUCCAAAACAUUAGCACCUUCCAAUUUGUUCAAAUCCAUAUACAUAAGGAGGAGCUCUAGCCCUGUUCCGUUCAAGCAGCUAGAACAUCUCAGACUCAGAGGCAAAAGCAAAGCAGGUCUUGGUGUCUCAACAAGCCUGCUUUUCAGCCCUUCCUCGUCAUAAGCAAAAAUGGCUCUUCCCGUACUCUUCCUUCUUUUGCUCUCCAUUUCCUUCACCGAAUCGAAGCUCACUGUUGACUACUACAAGAAUACAUGCCCCGAAUUUCAGAGAAUCGUCCGGGAGACGGUGACCCUGAAGCAAUCUGCGCAACCCACCACAGCAGCAGGCACUCUCCGUGUCUUCUUCCAUGACUGCAUGGUGGAGGGCUGUGAUGCAUCAAUACUAAUUGCCUCAAACCAUUUCAAUGUGGCGGAGCGCGACGCUGAGAUAAACCACUCCCUAUCUGCAGAUGCCUUUGACCUUGUGACCCGUGCCAAGACAGCCCUUGAGCUCACCUGCCCCGGCAUUGUGUCAUGUGCUGACAUUCUCGCAGAAGCAGCACGAGACCUUGUGACAAUGGCGGGUGGUCCAUACUACAAAGUGCGCUUGGGACGCAAAGAUGGUUUUGUUUCCAAAGCUUCAAGGGUGGAGGGGAAUCUAGCCAGAGCCAACCAAACUAUGGAUUCCAUCAUCAACCUCUUCGCUGCUAAAGGGUUUACAGUCGAAGAAAUGGUUGCUUUAACCGGUGCACACACAAUUGGGUUCUCUCACUGCAAGGAAUUCACAGACCGGCUUUUCCAUUACAGCAAAACCACCCCAACAGACCCAGAGCUCCACCCAAAGUUGGCCGAAGGAUUGAAGAGGACUUGUGCCAAUUACACAACAGACACAACCAUGUCUGCCUUCAACGAUGUGAUCACACCAGGCAAGUUUGAUAACGUCUACUAUCAAAAUCUUAAGAGGGGGCUGGGGCUCUUGUCUUCAGACCAUGCUCUGGUUAAGGACCCAAGAACAAGGCCUUUGGUUGAGCUGUACUCUACAAACCAGGCUGCAUUCUUCAAAGCUUUUGCUCGUGCCAUGGAGAAGGUUAGUAUUCAUGAAAUCAAGACCGGGCGUAAGGGAGAGGUGAGGCACAGGUGUGAUGCGUUUAACUCCAUUAGCGCUUAGAAAAGGAAGCAGAAGAAGAGGAUUUU